CUUUGAAAAGAGGGUUUGUAUUUUAUUUUGUCAUUUUGAUGAUUUCGUCCGAUCAUACCCAGGCCCUCGUUCUGAAAACUUCUAUUUCACACCUUUCAUACUGUUCCAGCGGUCCAAAUUUGAGAUUCCCAGUCUAACAGGUGAUCUGGAAUAAUCAAUAAUCAGAGUGUCAAAAGUAAAUCCAAUCAUAACAUAAUACUUGUAUAGCUCGAGCGCAAAUUCUCUCGCUCUACUAGAUCUGAUCUCAAAGAAGCUAGAGGCAAGUUUGAAUAGAUAUGGGACGUGGAGUUAGCAGUGGUGGAGGACAGAGCUCAUUGGGCUACUUGUUUGGGGAUGGUGAGGCACCGAAACCUGCCACAGAAAAUGCUCAAUCUCUUCCAAGUGAAGUUCGGCCGGCAAGUAAAGAGCUUCCCCAAAAGCCUAAUGCUGCUGCUUAUCAAAGUAUAGAUGUUAGCAAGCAGAUUCCUGCAGGCAUUCAGAGUAGCACAGCAAACUACUUAAGAGCAGAUGGUCAAAACACUGCCAAUUUUAUUACGGAUCGGCCAUCGACAAAGGUCCAUGCUGCUCCUGGAGGUGGUUCUUCCUUGGACUAUCUAUUUGGUGGUGGCAGCAAGUGAAAGGCAUACAAGUCCGAAUGUCCGAUAAAGCGUCACUUUUUGUUGAAUUCUGUGAGAAUUUAUGGUGUAAACAGAGAAUUUUUACCUUUGUGGUCUUCAGAUACUUGUUAAUGAGAUUGCACAUAUCGCUGGGUGUUGGUGUUAACUGGGUUUUUUUCGAGCAUAUUUCCUGUUAAUUUUAUACGCUUAAAUUCUGUAAAAGUCUUGCAUGAAAAAAAACUGAAGGAUGCAUUUUCGAGAGCA